GCUCUUGGUGGACUUCAUGUACAUGGGUGAAGUGGAUGUGCCUUCAAGUGAAUUAGAGCCAUUCAUAUCUCUGGCUGAUAGCCUGGAAGUGAAAGGUCUGAAAGGUGAUAAGUCAAAAAGGUCAUCAGAAUCGGGUAGUGGUGGGUCUGUGCCUGUGAAAAGACGAAUCCCUCUAAGUGUUGAAAGUGAGCUUCGUGGUCCAAGUACACAGGAUGCAGCUUCAUCUGUCCCAGAGAAAAAAAUUAAACCUGCAGACUCCAGGCUUAUCACAUCAGAUAUUCCAGAACAGGCUUCAGGCAGUAGCCAAGAUAUACCUGAUUCAGGAAUUAAAAAGGAACAAGAUGAUUCCAAUAGUGGAGAAGCUGAAGUUGAGUCAGCACAGGCAGCUGACCAGUCAUAUUGGGCUGGAGAAGAAGGUAUGUCAUCAGCUGAUGGUGAUGGAAGCAGCAGCUCAUACCACCUUGAAGGUGGAGAGGAUUUUGAUCCCAGUGAACUACCUGCAAACAUUCCUCCUGAAAUUGCACCAGAGAGCUUGGAAAUGGUCCAGGCAGGUGUUUGGCAAGGGACACUUGUCACCUCUGGGUGGAAGUGUCAUUUCUGCUCGUUUUGUGGCUAUAAGUCAGUGACCAAGCAAUGUGUCGUGAACCAUGUUAGAAGACACACAGGAGAAAAGCCCCAUCACUGUGUUCUAUGUGGAAAGGCCUUCGCUCAACUGGCCACGCUGAAUAAGCACAGGGCUUCUCACCAAACUGCUCGUUUUUUCAAUGCAAUGAGGCAAACACCUAUAACUCUGUAUCAUCCAUGUCUUUGCCAGACAUUGAUGAAGAUUCAGCCUGGAGUCUGGAGUGGACUUUCGACCAGAACUGGCUUUGCAGCGUUUUUCUGCACUCUAUGUGGUUACAUCACACCAUUCAAGUUCAACAUGGUGACUCAUUUUCGCAAACACACAGGAGAGAAGCCCUUCCGUUGCAGUUUCUGCAACUGGGCAUUUGCUCACAAAUCAAACCUAAGCACUCACCUUAGAUCCCAACAUAAAGCUCUAACCAUGAAAGGUGAUGCAUUGCAUACACAUGUUUUGAUAUCUUUCAUGGGCCCAAAUUAUUCUUUAUUUGCUCACCAUGGUCUUCUGCAUCCAUUUCAUUUUCACUUGAGAUUGACCAGCAAUGGGCCAUUUCUUUGCCAGAGUUUGAAGCAGAUCCAGCCCCUCAUCUGGCGAGGAGUUACUCAAGUUGGCUCUCCAAUAUUUCUAUGUGGUAUCUGUGGUCACACAUCAAGUUUCAAGUUCAAUUUGGCCGUGCACUUGCGGACUCAUACAGGCGAGAAACCAUAUCAGUGCCGUUUUUGUGGCAGAUCAUUUGCACACAGGCCAAGCCUAAAGUCUCAUGUAGCAAACAAACAUGGUACGUUGACGAGGACCCGAGACGGACUGUGGACGGGGAUGUCGAUGGGGAGCAUGGGAAAGCGUCUCUACCUGUGCUCUCUGUGCUCAUACUUCUCAAACGUGAAGCAUAACGUGGUGACGCACUUGAGAACACACACCGGCGAGAGACCAUUCCAGUGUCGCAUCUGUGCUCGCUCCUUUGCUCAUAAGUCCAACCUGAAAGCACACCUCCUUUGUGUCCAUUCAUUUCACCCAAAUAUUCCAUCAGUGCAGCUGAGUGAAUGGAUCAGGACUACUGUACAAGUUAUUGAACCAGGAGUAUCAAUGGGGAUGCAUCGUAAUGGCCUGCGAUUGUUUUUUUGUCAUGCCUGCAACUAUGUUACUCCGCGGAAGCAACAUAUGGGCUACCACAUUCGCAAACAUACUGGAGAGAAGCCCUACCAGUGCCGGAUGUGUGGACGAGCCUUUACUCAAAAGGCUGGUGCAAGAACUCAUCUCGUCAAUGUUCAUUCUAUGGAUCAGAGCAUUCUGACCACAUCACUCAAUGACUGGAUCCAAGAAACUGUAGAGGUUGUAGAAGCAGGAGUAUCUGCAGGAUUUCAUCGCAGUGGCAUCAGGAUGUUUAUCUGUCAUGACUGCAAUUAUAUGACACCUCGAAGGCAGCACAUGGGCUACCACAAACGCACGCACACGGAUGAAAGACCCUUCUGUUGUCACAUCUGUGGCCAGUCAUUCCGGCGCAAAGAAACACUCAUCAAGCACUUGACCAGAACUCAUUGAAUGUAGAGGGAAACAGCAUUCAAUGCUGUAUCUUUGAAAUCAAAUGCUGAAAUCUUUGUUGCAGACUCUGAUUGAAGUGGAUGCAGGGACAUGGGAAGUGCCGAAACGGACACGCUCACGCACUGCAGGGACGCCCCGAAGUCGUGAGGAGGAUCUUACUUGCAAAAUUUGCGGGAAAACAUUUGCUCGAAGAGACAAUAUGAGAUUGCACGUGUUCCGUGUCCAUGACAUUUCUGAAAAGAUUGCUGCAUGGGCCCAGAAGAAAGCAAAUGAUUCAGCUCAACCCCCUGUCUGAAGCAUUAUUGGAUUUGUUUGGCUUUACUGUUGUUCAGAGGGCUAUAAAUGUUUGAGAAUGACUCAUUAAAGGUGUG